AUGCUAGCAGUAGCCACAUUUACGAAUGUAGAGCCGAAGCUCGACUAUAGCGGACCCACGACCAUGCACCAGAUAUUUGCUAUAGUUCGCAUCCCUGCAGCUUUUAGAGCCCCAGGACUAACAGCCGAGGACCUCCGAAAGGUAGAGGCUGGUUCAAAAUUCACGGUUUGCUUCGAUACCGGUUCUGAAGUCCAGACAAUUGAAAAAUUAGUCUGGGACGAGAUGUCCGGCAAGGGAAGGUUCUACGGUGGUAAAAUAGGAACCGGCAGGGUGACAGGGGCCACUGGUCAUCAGCAGCUCAGAACAUAUGUCAAGGUUGAGAUCGGCUACUUCCGAGACGAUGCUCGCAAGAUCCAGCUAGGGUCUUGGCGAACGAUCGAAGCAAAUUUCUCCGACAGAGAAUUUGAACACAAUCUCAGUGGGCGGGAGAUUCUCGAAGACUACGAUUUCUUCUUGCCUCAGGGCCACGGCGCUCUUCUCAUGGGCACUAACAAGGUCGCACUGGCGUGGGAAUAUAUGAUGAGAUCCAGAGAUAUCAAGGAGAUUGCUCUGAUAAACCAGUGGGCCGCUGCCGAGGUCGCUAAAGCUCGCAACCCUGGAGCGCAGGGGCCUGCCGCAUAG